AUGUAUACCGUUAGAACUUCUACAGAUACACCAAGUUCUGCAACGUUCGAUAACGAAGAUACUAUAAGAUUGAAUAGCUCCAUGAUUACUUCUUCCCCAAUAGUUCCAAAUCAAAAAUUUGAACAAAUUCCUGUAAAGAGCCAACAACAUUUAUUUCCUCAAAAUAGUCAACUAGAUUUGCAUCAACAACUGGCUCAACAACAGCUACAACAUCAAUAUCUUAACCAACAACAACAACAACUGCUGACUAUUCUUCAACAUCAGCAUACCAACCAAAAUCAACAGCAACAGUUGUCUUCGAAUAAUCAUUUCUCCCAGCUUGAUGUCAAUGAUCAAGACCUAUAUCAAUUUGAAAAUCUUGGACAGUUUAAUCCUUUACCUCCACCCCCUAUUUCAAUAAACAAAAGUACUGCUAGUCCCUCUUACCUGAAUAACUCCAAUUCUUCCUAUGGAUAUUCACCAACUAGUGGAACUUCUUUGGCCAACAACAAUACAACCAAAUACUAUCCAAGUGUCGCUACUAGUGAUACUUCGAGCCAUAUCUUACUCCACGAUGAAGAAGAACUACAGACAAACACGACAAAUUAUUCAUUCUUUUCUCAUGUAAAUAUGAUUAAUUCCCUGCAAUCCUUGCCAUUACAUAGCAACCAUAACAAACUCAUGAAUAAUAAUAUUAAUAUUGGUGGAAAUUCUAUAUUCAAGUUACAAAUUGAAUCUUCUUCCGAUUUACUAGAGCCUACAGUUCCAGAUAAUACUUCUGCUGAGCUAAUGUAUAAUUUGACAGAAUUUGAUGUUGGCAAUCCUUCAUUUGAUUCCAUACCUGAUUCAAUAAUCUACAGCAAUAACAAUACAACACUUAAUUCGAAUUCAAAUAAUUUAACAAAUAAUACUCAUGUGAUGAACAAUAGCAACGUUCUUGGUAGUUUUAAUGAUACAAACAAUAUGACAUAUUCAAAUCAACCACCAUCUGCAGAAUUAUCUCAAUUCCCUUAUACGCCUACACUUAGUGAUGUUUAUACACCAACAUUUUCAGAUUCGAGUUUCACGCCAAACUCUACAGUUGCAGCCAACCCAAAUUAUCCACCUCUGGGAACAUUUGAAGAUCAUGGUUUAAGAAUUCAAACUCCUCAUUAUUCAAAUAACUCUACAAAUAAUUCUUUUCAUAAGGUAUCCAAGAAACCAUCAUUAUCAAGAAUUAAUUCAUCUAUUAAUAGCAAGAAGAAUCUAAUAAUUCACACCCAUCUAGCCGGCUCUGCAUCAAACCUUUCCACUAGUACUCCAAUGAAAGAAUCAUCACCCAAGAUAUCACCUUUAACAAAUAAGUAUAGAGGCUUAGAUAUCAAUAUAAGUAAUCCAUCUUUACGCUCUUUUUCAAACCAAUCAAAUUCAUCUACGACGUCGUCCAAUAGUGCAUAUCCACCAAUGAAUUUAUUCCGUCAUAAUUCAGAUUCUUCUACAACUUCAUCAAUUGUAAGAAAUUCAGAUACUUCAAGUGUUAAUGCAUCGUCACUUUCUACUGCAACAAAUACCCCAAGACGUAAAACAUACCCCAACUUGAAUGAAAUCUCUUUAAAGAAAUCAAAGAAACAUAUUAAAAGAAUGGUUCUGAAAGAUUCACUUAUAAUGAAGGAUAAGUCAAAAAAUUCAAGUAAGGAAAGUGUCAAUAGUCUAAGCAGUGAAGAUCAAAAUGAUGCAGAGGCCAAACCCAAAAAAUAUACUAGAAGAAGAUUGUUGCCGAGAUCAAAGAAUGGUUGCUGGAUUUGUCGUAUCAAGCAUCUUAAGUGUGAUGAAGUCAGACCAAACUGUAGUAGUUGUUUGAAAUUUGGUAUUCAUUGUGAUUAUAGUAAGGACAAACCUGAUUAUGUAACAGAUAAACAACUAAGGAAGGAAAAAUUGGAGGAGUUAUCCACAGUUAGAAAGCAAAACCAAGCUGCAUUCAAACACCAAAAGAAUAAAAUAAAGUCUGACUUCAACGAUCAAUUCCAGAGAGUUCAACCCGAGCAGUCAUACUUACCAAAAGUUAAUUACUUCUCGUAG